AGCAGCUAGAAAGCUUGCAGUUUCCCCCACCCUCUUUCUCUCUCCUUGAAAGUUGGUAAUAAGAUACACUCUUUUUUCCAAGGUUCACACUAGAGCACAGAAGAGAACUGUUUAACUUGGAAGAAUAAUACACUAGGCUUUUUGGUUCUGCAAAGAGAUCCUCUCUUUGUCUCCUGCAUUAAAGCAGACUUUACCCACAGACCCUAAAAUGACAGGCAUUUCUGCCAUUAGUGGGGCUCUCUUAAUUUUCAUUCUCUGUGAAACAAGUGCAGUCGUGUUACCCAAUUCCACUGACCUAUUCUUGUCAGCUAAUAAUUACACUGAUAUUGAAGCAGCUUUGAAAACUCAUCUGGAUUCUGCAAGCCUCCCCAAAGCCAGGAAAAAGCGAUAUAUCUCACAGAAUGAUAUGAUUGCCAUUUUGGAUUAUCACAAUCAAGUCAGAGGCAAAGUCUUCCCACCUGCUUCCAACAUGGAAUAUAUGGUGUGGGAUGAUAAUCUAGCUAAGUCUGCAGAAGCUUGGGCUGCUACCUGCAUUUGGGACCAUGGCCCUUCUUACUUGUUGAGAUUUCUGGGACAAAAUUUAUCUGUACGGACUGGAAGAUAUCGAUCCAUUCUCCAGCUGGUGCAGCCCUGGUAUGAUGAAGUGAAAAAUUAUGCCUUUCCAUAUCCUCAGGACUGCAAUCCAAGGUGUCCGAUGAGAUGCUAUGGGCCCAUGUGCACACAUUAUACCCAGAUGGUUUGGGCCACUUCCAACAGAAUAGGCUGUGCAAUCCACACGUGCCCUAAUAUGAAUGUCUGGGGGGCAGUUUGGAGCCGAGCUAUUUAUUUGGUAUGCAACUAUGCCCCAAAGGGAAACUGGAUAGGAGAAGCACCAUAUAAAGUUGGGGUGCCGUGUUCUGCUUGCCCACCCAGUUAUGGAGGAUCAUGCACUAAUAAUCUUUGCUUUCCUGGAGUGACAUCAAACUACUUAUAUUGGUUUAAAUAAAUGGUACAGCUGUUCCAGUGAAAUGCAUGUGUAACAAAAUCUUGUAUAUUGAAGUUUGCAUAUAUUGUAUACAUAAUGUAUUGAUUUCAUUAAUAUUGUUAUGAAUGUUAUGUAGUAAUAUGAAAACUAGUUUUUAAGGAUAUAAUGUAUAUCCAAUUAUUUCUGUUUAAGUGACAAAAUUACUUUUUAUGACCACUGAUAGGUAGAGAUUAACAAUGUGCCUUAAAAAAUAAAGAAAAGGAAAAUAUAAACAAGCAAUCAAACCAGUUGAUACUGGGAAUUAAAGUGAUUACAGUUUAGUCCCUUAGAGACCUAGGAAUGUAUUUUCAAAUACUUUAUAUUUAUAAGCCUGGGCACAAAAUGAACACUAGCUUAUUAUAUCUAAUCCUUUGAGCAUUACUUGUGUGUGUGUUUUACAAAAAUGGGAAAACAAAAGAUAUCCUGGAUACAAAAUGAAAAGUUUAACCCAAAUUGGCCCAGUAGAACAAUAUCAAUAUGGGAUAUUUCUUUGUGACAUUAUUUCGAAUCAGAAGGUGAAAUAAAAAUAAAGAUAAAAAGAAGAAAAAAGUUUCCAACCAAGUGUAAUUUUAUAAAAGAACGCAAAGUUCUUCAGAAAAUUUAGCAGGAGAAAAAAUUACUGAAAUUAUAAUGGUGUAUAUUUGUAUAGCUUUCUUCUGGUAUCUAGUGAGUAAGAAAAGUCCAAGCUUUUUCUUUUACUUAAAAAUAUAUGUGCAAUUGUGGCAAAAUUCUGUGACUAACUUUAGUUUUGUGCUCUCACAAAUAUACUUAGCUAUGUAGUUGUAGCUAAACAAAGGUCCUAACCAUGACGAGAAAGUCAGAGCAAUUUGGCUAUCAUCUGAUGGUCACAUACACUCCUUUUUCUGUUUGAAAUACUUGAGGCCACUGCUUUUUCUGGAGUUUUCCAUUGUGGACUACUUGACUCCUAUCAAUGAUAUUCUUUGCAGAUGCAGUGGAGCAGAUGGGUGCUGCCAUGCUAAUGUGGAUUCCAGGGUCAUUACAAGAUGUGCAAUAUUAUCAGAAAAUGAAUUGUUUAGUCUUGAUAAAGUUAGACAUAUUUUAAACAACAUUAGAUUUAUCAUUACCUGGAUAUUCAAAACAGGCCGGACUGUAGUAAUAAUGUACUCUUCUAUCCAUAUAUAAGCUAAAAUCCAUUUGGAGGCUGAGACCUUGCUUCUCAAUGGAGAAAAAAUAUUACAAUAGUUUGGUUUACAGCCACCAAGAACUUCCCCAAGGCUAAAAUUGUUACUGGAUGGCAAUUAUAGAAUUGAACUUGUGUGGGGUACCUGGUAUUCUACUGACUAUAUUCCAUAACUCAGUGGCAAGAAGAUAGUCAAGAAAUAGCUCUGUAAAGUUACAAGCAAACCUUAUAACCCGAUGAUCUCCCAUCACUGUCAAUGUAUCAAGAGACUCAUUCUGCCACAGAGAAAAACGUCUUCUGAAUCCAGUAUGAUUUUAGUUUGUGGAAUAUGUUAUAGCCCUUUAUAGGCACUAGAAGGAGUGGUGAGCAAAUGAAAAUGCUAUAUGUUAAAUUUUUUUUUUAAAAAAGGUGUUACAUUAAAAGUGUAAUCACUUUCAGAAGCAGUAUAGUAUGCUUUCUGAACAGAACAAGCAAUUGUAAAUACAUGAUUCUGUAUUGCAGCUGAAACUAUUACAAAGAAUAUACAUGCAUAUAUAUUAUUGCUAAUUAUUCUUCUACAUUUAUAUAGAUAACCUGAUUCCAUGGAAUAUUAUCUUUUAAUGACUCAGAGCAUGAAACUUUUCUAUCAAACUUGGUGCACAGGACUUUUUACAAUAUGCAAAAAUGGUGCUAAUCUGGGGCAAAACCCUGGCUCUGUUGAAAACAAUGGCCAUUUUUCCCAUUGUUUUCAGAGAAACUAUGAUUGACCUACCGAUCCGUUAUAAAUACACUGUUAAUUGAAACAAAUGCAACGUAAGCUAUUUCAGAAGAGCAGCUUCUUAAAACAGGCAGUAGGAACUUUCUUCAUAGACCUGGAAGACUUUCAGGUUGAGGAACUGACUUUCCUAUCUUAAUUAUAUAACGUGUGUUAUUAAAUUGUUCCGUUAACCAUAACUCAUGUAAUACUUAUCAGCUAUAUUGAUUUCUGCCAAUGAUGGUUAAACUGUAUUUCCAGGAAGUCUAGGAUUUCUCAGUGAAAAAAAAAUCAGUAAUGACAGACAAGCAUUUCAGGAAGGAAUUUGACUACUGUCAACUAUUACUGGUCUUCAUCUGUGCUGUAAAAAAGACAUUAGUUAUAUUCUAAGGUACACAGAUCUAGUGUGUGGCAGUGGCAAAAUCUAGCAUGUCUGGAUGAUGACCCAUGUUUAUCACCUUUUGACAGAUGUGUAUGUUGCCUGGCAGACACAUAUGAGUUCCUUGCUAAACAAAUUGAUGUGGAAAAUAUUCCUUGAGUGUAGAAAGUUUGAAAACCACUGGUUUAUAUAAAAGGUAUGCUGAGAAAUGCUCAUUUUCCUACAUAGCCAGUAGUAUCAACGGGUGCUUGAUUGACUAGCUCAGCAUGAGUCUAUGUAUCUGUGCUAACAAAAAAUAAAUAAUAAAUACUGUGGGCUUGGACAAUCAUAUAGCAGAUAUCUGAACCACCAACCACCCAGUCACUAUUUUGUCAGCAAAUAUACAGAGUCCUAAAUUGGAAAGCAUAAAUUUGGCCAUAUUUUUACAGGAAAAUUACUGUUAUUUCAAAAAAGAGGAGAAAUUUGUGACUGGCUCCAUGGCCCAUUCUCUGAUUCUAGUGGAACUGCUAUUUUCUCAAUAUUUUUAUUUCAUUGAAUUCAGGUCAGCAAUUUUCCCAGCUUCUUGACUAAUAUAGACAUGUCUUACUUUUUGUAAUUUAAGAAAAAAACCCUGUUUUUUAGGAUUUAACUUUCUUUUUCAAAUAUUUACAAGAUUUCAAACAAUGUAACAUUCUGUUGAUUUUUCAAAUAAUAGAGAAAUGCAAAAAAAAAACACCUAUGGAAAUGUCUAAAGUAUAAAUUAUCAGACUCCUGCAGAUUUUUAAUGCAAUAUUAACUGAAUCAUUUACUUUGCACAUUUUUGGUGCUAAUUUUUCAGGUAUUCAGUGCUGACUAUAUAAGGGAGUGAUAGACAUAUUUUCUUUCUUUAAAUGCUUUAUUUUCAUGAUUAACAGAUAUGCUCCAUAAAGUCUAUUUUUGUGACAGGGAAAAGCUUAACAUCUCUUAAGAUUCUAUCAUUUUAAAGCAAAUAUUGUUAGAUAUAAAAUGUUUGGACAUGAAUUGGUAGAAACCAUAUCUAAAACAAAACACUCCAGAUCCUUUCCCAAAACAACCUGCAGCCAAUCACAUAAACACUGGGAAAUUCUGAAGGCUGCCAAAGAGAUUUUAAAUGAAAUAUAAAUAAAUACUGAUUUAGAUUAAAAAAGGAAUAAAAUUGUUACCAAUAUUCUCAAGCUUAUUCUUAAUCUUAUUCUCUUUUUUCUAAUUGUGUUAAUUAGAUGAAUCAAUCUUGUCAUUGACUCAUUUAUUUUCCAACUUGUCAGUGGACUUUAAUAACUUAUUGGGUUGGAUCUAGACAGUUUUAUUUAAAGUAGAUCGAUAGAUUCAGUGGAUUUCCCUUAUAUUCAGUCUGUUUUUAGUAUCAGUAUAUUACAGAAAGUAAGCUAUCUUAAUACUGCUUUCUUUUCUGAAGAUGACUGCAUUAAUAAAGUUAUUACCUAUGAGCAAAUAAAAUAUACCUUUUGCUUCUGAUUCAUACUCAGACUUAUGCCAGUUAGACUGAGAAGUAACCAGUUAGUCAUUAAUCUUAUACAAUUAAUUCAGAUUUCUUGAAGUUGGUGAUACAGAGUUCAAGCAAGUUAGUUUUAAUAGCUGAAGUGUUAUUCUUUGCCAGAAGAUUUGGAUCCCAUGUAAUUCACUAUAGUGUAGUCUCUCAGUUUAGCUUCUUCUAUCUUGUAAUAAUGUAUACUGUCAAACCUAUUUAACUAUGAAGCUAACCAAAAUAUUGCCGGUGCUAUACUAUAUAUCUAAGGUGCUACAUUACUUUAUCAAUCAAUUAUCUUGUAAAUUCCAGUUAAUCCAAAUCAGUUUAAUGAAAUUUAGAUAGUUUAACAACAAAGCAGAGCUGAUCUACCAUAGUGGGCUAAAAUUCUGACAUUAGUCUGUUGUUUAAAACACUGAUUGAUAUGGUUAUAAACCAAUGGUUUGAGGACAGUGGACAUUACUGAUGGUCAUUUCAACACGUAUUAUACAAAAACGAUAAGAAUCUUGGUUGCAAUGACCUUAAAUACCCCUCUACAAUGAUAAUUUAAAAUAAUCAUUUAAAAAGAAUGAAUGUGCACUGAAUUCAGAACAUGAUUAAAAGUCAAAAAUAGAAACAAAAAUUCAUUAAGCAAGUUGCCAAGAAAUCAAACCACCAUAUAUCUCACCACAGAUAGAAAAUGCUGUAUAAAUACUGCACCAAGGAACCUACGCAAAUAGCUUUCCAGCAUGUUCUUUGACACACAGGAAUCUAAACUAUCUUACUCAUGAAGUCUGAACUGUUUUUAAAGUAGUGUAUCAAAAUAUAUGAAUUUUCACUUUAAAAAGUAACUCGUGAAUCUAAUAGAUACAGAUUUGUAAAUAACGUAUAUCACAGAAGUCCAGGCAUCUGGAAGCUCUGAAUGACUUGGUUCCAUAUGUGCACACUUUGGAAAAACAAUAGUUUGCUGCUGUAUAAGCAAGCUUGAAUAGCACACUAAUACAACGUAAAUGUUAGCAUUCAAAUACAUUACAUAAUUGUUGCUGUUGCUGCUGCAAAAAGGUCGAUCUCACUGUUUUUUCUUUCUGGAUGGAAUGAAAUGCUAUGGUUCCCUUUGUAGGAUGAGUUUUUAGUUGAAGAAGUGGUGGACUAAUCCUUCCUCUAAACCCUCCCUCCAUGCUCUCCUAUCCUAUUGGAGAAGAUUUAGAGAGCAUGCCAGGAAGUGCAGGAAGGGAAAGAGGGGAAAGCUAUGUUAUGCUAGUGGAAAUUUACUAGUGAGAUAUUGUACUCCGCUAUUUAUAAUAUUAGAGAGGUAACCCUAAAUCAUCCUUUCUAAUCUGGUUGGCUUCAUAUGUGUUGCAUGGUGGUUCCCAUUACCCAUGCAACUUGGGGACUAUAGAAGAGAUAGGUCUGCAAAUCUGAAGAGAAUCACUUAGGGAAAGCUUGAUUAAAUCAUAGUUUAGUAUUCCAUACCUGGUCCUGCUUCUCCCUGUGGUCUCCAGAUCUAGCAUAGCUACAAGGAGGACAGGAGAUGCAUUUUCUUCCACUUUCAGCUAGCUACAGUUGAUCACUCUGAAUUGGUAACUGAAAUUAGUCUGAUUUAUCUGAACAAGCUGGAAAUGUUUAUUACUUUAAAUUGCCUUUUUUUACAAACCACGUUAAAAUUAAUAAUUUAUGUAUUAUGAUUAAAAUGGAAGUAAAUGCUUCUUCAUCUCUUACUCUUGUUCAUUUGUAAGAAAGCAAUGAGGAGUCAUCUUAUGCCCAAUAAUGAGAGACAUAAUUUGAUGACUGCGCAAGACCUAGACUCAUUUACCCAUUGUUAAAUCAUAGCUUCACAUUCCAUCUGAAAAUAGCUAAUAUCUAAAAAAUUGGAAGGUCGACUUUCUAACUUGUAACAUGAUAUUGUUAUUAUCUGGAAUCAGCAAUUAAUGUAUUUGUAAAAUAAAACAACAAUUUUUUCUUCUAUAUUUUACUCACCUUUGUGGUAUGUUUGCCUGAAAUUACAGUUCAUUGUCUGACAUAUAUGUCAUAACAAGUAAAUUUACUUUUUCAUAUCAUUAUAGCUAUAUUAUGGAUUGUGAUAAGUAUUACACUAUUCCUGUGGAAAUACAAAAAUAAAGAUAAUUUUGUGUGAGAACAUACAUUUAAA